AUGAAAGAAACAGUUGUUACUUUGGUGUCACAACCACCGUCGACAUCGCUGCGAUUCCACCGUUGCGUGUCGGUCCUUUGGCUCCCAAUAUCGCUCUGUUUGGAGUGUGCCUCGGAAACACGUGUGAGUGGUUUAGAUAAAAAUAUCAUUACCUGUGACCCCAGCAGGAGCAGCAGUAGCAGUGCUCCCGUAAAGGAUGGAGGGCGGCAUUCCUUAGAUGCAGCAAGUGGAUUUGAGCGACGUAUGCUGCAUGAGUUGUUGAAGAAUCCUUUUGUGCCUGUACGCUCUCUUCGUGGUGUCUUUCCAGCCUCCACAGAGUACUACAGGGAGGAUGCCUUAAUUGAAAUGCGGAUCGACGUUGCCUCUGAUGUCAGCUCAAUUGCUGCCUCACCAUGGGCUGAAAUGGAGGCCCACAAAAGUGUCGCUGCUGUGAUAGCAGUCCUCAACUGCCACGACCACGAGCCUUGUCAGGCCCUCGCGGCACUAAAAUUGGUCUUUCAGCGAUAUUUUAAAGAGUGUACGUGUCGCUGUAUAGUAUUAGAUCCUACAGCGGAUGCGCAGGCGUCAAUGUCACAUCAUAUCUUUCUUCUCGCCCACGCCUCCACACCGGUGCAGGAGGUGGCACAGCACCUCCUGAUGGAGAUUGCCCUUCCCGUGGUGCAGCAGGCUAAUGCCAGCAUCAUCUCUCUUACAUCCUCAGUAGGCACGGUGUCACCUGCGACACAGCCCGCUUCUGAGGGUAUUGACAAAGUGAGCGGUGGAGGUGAUGAAGUUGUUAAUGGCCGCAUUGUGCACUCCCGUUUGGCAAAGAAAAAGGGAGAUCUUCUCUUGCGUUUGGGUGCAUUAGAUGCCGCACUACUUGCCUAUCACGAGUCGCUACCAGACGCGGAUGCGAUGUGGUGCUCCGCAACCCUAGAAGCCCUUGCGGCUUUGCGUUACUUGCAAAGACCCCCGAUGCUAGAUGUUACAACGGUAGUGGAGAAUAUUUUUUCGUCGCUCGAAAGUGACGAAACAGUGUGGAAUGCGGAGAUGAGUACUACACUGAAACAAUUGGAGACCGUUGUGGAAAGUGUGCGAGCGGAUCAGCGUAGGGCCACUUUGCUGCUUAAGCACAGCUUACCAGCCGCGCCACUGAACCGCAGACUCCUCAAAGAGGUGGAGGAACCUCUAUCCAUACAAAUUGAAAACUUCCGGCGCCAGAUUGCUAUAAUUCAUCGUUAUUUUAAGGGGGACAACAAAGAGGCGAUGGGCACGCACGUUGAGGAUGCUGGGAAGAACGCACGCGAGGCGUUUAAAGAGAUUUUUAGGCUGAGUUUUAUGGAAUUGCAGCUUUAUCUUCAGGAGGCCUUGCAGCAGAUUCGUUCCAUUACCACCGGGUCCCGGGCCGGUUUGAAGGAGCGAGAGGCGAACAUCCACCUCAAGCGGACAGAGUUGCUUGCAGAAGAGGGAGAUAAACGAAAGUUCCUGGAAUCUCUGACUGUUCUGAAGGCAUCGGCAAAGAACACACCGGAGUCGAUGCAGCAAGACCUGCGGAAGCAGAUCCCCUACCUGAGUUCCCUUUGUGGUUGCUGGCGGAAGGCCAUAUUUAACGUUGUCGAGGCUGCCGUAUCGGAGCGACAGGCAAACGCUCAUGGCGCCUCCAUAGCAUUACUGAUGCGUGCCUGUAGGAUGGCUGGCAUUCCUCUUCCAUUGAUGGAGUUUCAAGAUCAGGCGGCAGAGUGGAAGGAGGUUGCUGCGAUAGAAAUAAGAGGCUGUGAUACUGUGAGCGGUGGUGUGGGAGAGGCAGGCUCUACGGCGCAGCGUGUCCAUAAGGCUCAGGAUGUACCACUACUGAUGAAGCUUCUUGAUGCGGUGACAGAAGCUGGCUUGGAUAAUGGCAUUCAGAGUGUUGUUGCCUCUCUUCUUCUCUUUGAGUACUAUCCUAUUCUCCGUCGGGAGACACAAGAGCUGUUGUUGGAGAUUCUGGAGCGAAGCAAUGCGGCGAUAGAGUCUCUCGUGGUGGUACCACCACCUCUGUUGCAAGGCAUGGAGGUACUCCCGUUACCGCCCCACUUGGCGCCAAAAACGGCUCCCUUGAGUGGUGCCCAGUUUACCUUUAUCGACACUGGACGGCUGAAGAUGACGAUGCUUACAUUGAAUGGAAACGUUUUACCACACGGACAGGUGGUGUGGGCUGUUGGAACAGUGGGUGAGGUGCAGUUGGUUUUACGAAAUCCUUUUCGUCGUGAUCUACAAUUAACAUCCAUCGCCCUUCGUUGUCGUUCUGUGGAGACGCUAGAUGAUCUCGGGCGUAUUGGUGAUGGUACUGCAGGACAUAUGGUUGGGCCUCUUGCUCCAUCGAGUUAUCUAGUGACGGGUUUGAUUUUGCCAUCGAUGUCGCAACGUCUCCUGCGUUUGCAGGUGGAACCGAAUAUGCGGGGUUAUCUUGCGGUGGACGGCGUGGAGAUUCGUCUCGGGAAGCUGCCUCUCUGCGCCACCUUUCUGAUGCCCUCGCCAAAUCCCAUUAUUAUUCCUGUCCUGCAGCAGCUUCCCGACAUUACGUGUACGCUGGGUGUCAAUGAGGUUGAAAUUUUUGGAGGUCAGACAAUUCAUUUUCCGCUCUAUUUGACAAACUCCGGUGUAGUGACGAUACACAAACUGCACCUCACAGCGCAUGAUGAGUCAUGCCAGCUGGAUUCAUGCACUGGAUGCAAGGAACGCGUGAACUCCACAUCCCUCUACGUUACACUGGAGUCCGAUGCCUUUCAGCAGAAGGGGACCUCGCGUUGCCUGGAACCUGGCGAUACCCUGCUGGUGCACGUGACAAUGAUUGCCCCAGCCUGUAGUGAUCAUGUGGUGUUUCAACGCGUCGUGUUUCGCGCCACUAUAGAGCUGUCAUAUGAUGCACCAGAAGCUCCAGAAAAUGUUCCCAGUGCUGUUCCUGUUUUUGCAGUCAUUCCUCGCCGUCUGCAGGAAACAUUUCUUCGGGUCUUUCAGGUCCCUAGUGUUUCUGUGACCUCGCUGAAGCUCUCGAGGGAUCGGCGGUGCGUUGAAAUUACGGUGAAGAACAAAAGCGAGUUAUACACCAUUGAAAUUCUUUGUAGUCGACUCUUGUUCACCUCCAUCCCUGACGCAUUGAUUGUGGCAGGUGCAGAAUAUCUCAUUCCACCUAUAGAAAUUACAAAAAUUCCAGCAAACGUACGUCAGCUUUUACUCCCGUGGGUGGUGCGAGAACUUCCCGAGUGCCGCGGUGAGCUCGCUUUGGACCUUUCAAUCCUUGCAAAUGUGUUGGUGAGCAUGGAGCCCUUGGAGGAUGCCGUGGUUCGUGUUAUGUGUGUCUCGGGGGACGAGAGUGGUGGGGCCGCCUUCAAGGACCAGUGGCGAAGCGGACACGCCGUGACGAGUGAAUUUCCGCUUAGAUUUUCGGUGAUGCAGCCUGUGACACUCCUUGUGCGGGUUAGUGCACCAUGGAGGCAGGCGGUGCCGCUUCGUGUUCGCCUUUCCAUGGAAAACCACCUGGAUGCUGACGUUCUCAGUGGUCCUGUGGAUACCACCAGCCUAGUCGGUGGCGGUACCAAAACAGUUGCUAGCCCUCGUCACAGCAGUGAAAAGAACGAGGAGGAGCACGACGAUGGCAAAAGUUACGAGGAGUGCAUUGAGUUCUUUCCCUUUAAGGUGGGGGAGCAUGUCUUGACCAUCACGCUUUCUGAUCUCGACGGACGUGAGAUUACGCACAUGGUGAAGCUGCAGGUGGAGCAUCUGUAG